AAAGAAAGUGGUGCAGAGGUGGUUGGGGAAUAUGGAUUUUGCCGACUCCACAGCCUCUACGCCGUCGAUUCCCCCCUCAAACGACGCCGCUUCUUCUCAGGGGGAGCAUUAUGUGACAGCUCUUAGUGAGGAUCAUGAUACGACAUGUUGGGGAUGUGGGCUUCGUUUACUUGUUCCGCCAUAUGCACCUGCUUUCAAGUGUUCCUGGUGCGGAGCAAUAACUAACUGGAAUGCAGUUAAAAUUGAGAACAAGAACUUUAAGUGGAGACGGUUGCGAGAUCGGUGCUUUGUUGGUGUGCUUGUUGUCUUUAUGCUAAUUGUGAUAUGUGGUGGUGUUUGGGCAAUUUUUCCUAUAGUAUUUUCGAUCAGUUACUUCUGCGGUAGUGUUCACUCUUUAAUUGCUGUAGCAUUGUCCAUUUCUACCUUGUCCACAUUUGGCCUUGCUGCAUUUCGAUCUGCUGGUGCUCCACCAGACAUACUUUGGGGUAGUUAUCCUGCUGUUAAAAAGGGUGGGCUUGAGAAUUAUACUUUUUGUCAGUAUUGUUCAAAGCCAAAGUCACCUAGGGCACACCAUUGCCGUUCUUGUGGAAUGUGUAUACUGGACAUGGAUCAUCAUUGCCCAGUUAUUGGCAAUUGUGUUGGUGCAGCAAACCACAGGAGCUUCAUCAUUUUCCUCAUUUCAGCAAUCAUUAGCACAAUUUAUGUGUCCACCAUUUCAGUCUAUGCAGCUUUUCAUUUUUGGCCGCCACUAAGCCACAAUCCAAUUCACCUCGGUCAAAAGUUUCUUUUGAGAACCUUGAAAGAUGUCUUAUUUGCAUUUCUCGAGUCUACAUUGUUUGUACCAGCGAGAGGGCUUGUUAUUGUCUACCUGUUUAUUGCUAGUGUUUCUAUCCAGAUAAGUUUAAGUGUGCUGCUGUGGCAGCAACUCUGCUUUAUAUAUGAGGGUAAGACCUACUUGAGUCAUAUAAGUACAUCAGAGGGUAAUGAAACUACAGAAAAGGAUUGCCAAAAUCUCAUCGAGUUCUUUGGCUGUCCUUCUACGACAACAAGAUUUUUGCCAAUCUACUUCAGUUCUAGGAAGAAACACAAGAAGUGAAGCUUGGGAGAGGUGCCUCCUCCAGCUGCUGAACAGUUCCUUAGUGGGACAUGUCUAGAGGGAGCAAAACAAAUUGGCUGAUUAGCUUGCAAAAAUGGCAACUGCUAGCACUAUGGUAUCUUCACUGAAGCUUUUUUGGCUCACCCCUCCUGCCUUAACAGAUGUUUUGCACUCAGACCAAGCAGGGGAAUCCGUCAUUCGCACGUGGCAAAACAGGCAGUUUCAGGAUGCAAAACACUUUACUUAAUGCACAUCCUGCUUGUAAUAUUGUGGCUCAGCCAUAACUUUAACUUCCCUGUAGACUUUUUUGUUAUAUAUAAAAUUUCAUCUUUCUGACCCAAAAAAAUUGUAACAGAUAUGUCAAAA